UUGUCUUGCUACUUCUGCAUCGGAUUGAUUUGCUAAUAAAAUUGCUUUUCCUCCAAAAAAGGAGCUUUGUGAUGAAGAAGAGAGAUUGGCAUGAGCAGUGUUAUUCUUUUGUAGAGUUCUUGUAAAUGCUAGUAAAUAUUGCUGGUUGCAUACAUUUUGAAGAUACAUUUCACUGCAGAUACUACCAAGGGAAAAAAACAAAACAAAAAAACAAAACAACAAAAACAACUUUGCGAAUGGGAUGAAUGUGCUGUUGUUGACUGCUUCCUGACAGUAACCAGCUGGGCACGCUGUUAGUGAUGUUCACAUACUCACACUGUCUAAUUGGAGUUUGCUUAUACUGAUUUUGGAAAGAGGAAGAAAUCAAAGUGGAAUACCGUAAACUUGACAUGGAUAAUAAAAAAAAAGACAAGGACAAGCCAGAUGAAAGAAUCCCACGGACUUCUGGGAGGUCUGGCCAUAUUCCACGUGGAACUGGUUCAAGUUCAGGAGUGUUAAUGGUUGGACCUAACUUCAGAGUUGGCAAAAAAAUUGGAGGCGGUAACUUUGGAGAACUACGGUUAGGAAACAAUUUAUACACAAAUGAACAUGUGGCAAUUAAGUUGGAGCCAAUGAAGUCAAGAGCACCACAGCUACAUUUGGAAUACAGAUUCUACAAGCAGCUAGGAUCUGGAGAUGGACUACCUCAGGUCUACUAUUUUGGCCCAUGUGGCAAAUAUAAUGCUAUGGUGCUAGAACUACUUGGACCUAGUCUGGAAGACUUAUUUGACUUGUGUGAUAGGAAGUUUUCUCUUAAAACCGUUCUUAUGAUAGCCAUACAGUUGAUUUCUCGUAUGGAGUAUGUCCAUUCAAAGAACUUGAUAUACAGAGAUGUUAAGCCUGAAAACUUCUUAAUAGGACAACCUGGAAACAAAACCCAGCAAAUUAUUCAUAUUAUAGACUUUGGUUUGGCAAAGGAGUAUAUAGAUCCAGAAACGAAGCAGCACAUACCAUAUCAAGAACACAAGAGCCUUACAGGAACAGCUAGAUACAUGAGUAUAAAUACACAUCUAGGAAAAGAGCAAAGUAGAAGAGAUGAUUUGGAAGCUUUAGGUCAUAUGUUUAUGUAUUUUCUCAGAGGAAGCCUUCCAUGGCAAGGUUUAAAGGCUGAAACAUUAAAAGAACGUUACCAGAAAAUUGGAGAAACAAAACAAACAACAUCUAUAGAAGUACUGUGUGAAAACUUCCCAGAGGAAAUGGCUAUAUAUCUGCGUUAUGUAAGAAGGCUAGAUUUCUUUGAAAAGCCAGACUAUGACUAUUUAAGAAAGCUCUUCACUGACUUACUUGAUCGAAAAGGCUAUGUGUUUGAUUAUGAAUAUGACUGGACUGGCAAACAGUUGCCUACUCCAUUGGGUCCAAUGCAUUCAGAGACUGCACUGUCAUCAAACAGAGAAGCUUAUCAGCACAGAGAUAAGAUGCAACAAUCCAAAAAUCAGGCAAUAGAUCAUAGGGCAGCUUGGAACUCACAGCAGGCCAAUCCACAUGAUUUGAAGGCUCAUCUAGCAGCUGACAGACACGGUGGCUCAGUACAGGUAGUAAGUUCAACAAAUGGAGAAUUGAACACAGAUGACCCAACUGCAGGCCGUUCAAAUGUACCCAUCACAGCUCCUGCAGAAGUAGAAGUAACGGAUGAAACAAAGUAUGUUCUUCUUUCUGUAUUCUUUAGAUCUGGUCUUCUCAGCUACUUCUAUUUUUUUCUUGUUUAGACAAAGAACAUUGUCUAAGCUGAAAAGGCACUGGUGCUGCUGUUUUUUCAAGCGAAGAAGAAGGAAAACCAUUCAGCACCAGAAAUGACUAGAACCAAGCAGAACAUGGGAAAUUGCUUAUUUAUUCAACUGCUGUCUUGUGAUCCUGCAAAAAAAAAAAAAAGAGAAGGCAUGAAAAGAAAACAACAACAACAACAACAACAACAACAAAAAGCACCUCUGUAAUGACUACACGUUUUCCAAGGACUCCCUCUAAAACAAUGUUAUACUUCUGUGUUUUGUAGGUUCUCCUACAUCUGUGUUUUGUUUCUUGAAUUCAUCUCUUCUGAAAGCUUUAAGGUUUUGUGACAUAAGUACUUUGUUGACUAUCAAGAAAUGGACCAAUGAAAUGGUAGAAAUGACCACUUUGUACAGCAAAACUAAACUUCAGAAGUAUUUCUCCCAUCCUAGAAAGUACUAGUGUUGAAGAAGUAGUAGCUGAAGACAGAUGUCACAAAUCUGGUAUAUGAGUCUGUAACAGCAUAUCAAAAGCAGUUUUGAAAAAAAAAAAUGCAGAAGAAAAAUAUAAAUGCACAGCCAUUUGAAAAAAAUAUAAAUCCUGCAUUGACUCCCACUUCCUAACUGUAGCCAAAUUAUAUCAGCAUUAAGUCCUCUCUCUGAUACUGUGGUACAGUCACUGUCCAGAGAUGUUGAGGAGGUUGACAAUUAGCUAACGACAGUUGUCUAAAUGCUGAUGAUACUAAUGAACCGAAAGUAUUUCCUGUACCUUCUGUGUUUGGAAACUUGCUUUUGUUAUGCUUAUAUGCUUGCUAUUGCAGUAUAGCAGAAUUGACAAGAGCAUUUGUACAAAGAAUGCAGAAAUUUGUAUUAUGUAACAUUGCUUCCAGUAAUGUUAGUAAGAUUGAAUUUACCUUCACAAGAGAGGAUCUACAGAGGAAUUAUAAAAGGAGAAUAAAUGUGAAUCUGGCUAAAGCAAAGUUGAUAUUAAAGCCCGUAUGUUCACUAAGGUAAAUGCUGAUUGACAACAUCUUCAACUUGAAAAUAUGGAUGUGCCAUGUAAUAUUAGAGAUAUGUUUGUAAAUUACUAUUCUCUUUGAUUUAGAAGGGAAGGACAAUGGAAUCGUGUUAGGCUUCUCUCUUCUCUGCAUAUUAGCCCAUAACAGCCAAAUUAUUAUUAUUAUUAUUAUUUUCUGGAAUUUUCUAAUACUUCAGUGUGUAGUAUUGCUAGUACAAUAGGAUGGCAAGGACGGGUCAGGUACUUUUACCACAGUCCAAUGAAGUGCCUGCAAUAUGAACAAACCAGCACUUUUGUAGACAAGGCAGCCCAUUUUAUAUUCUCUUUUAAAGAAAAUACAUGCUUUAUUUAAAGCCAUAAUGACAGAGGUGUACUUUUGUCAUGUUUAGCUGCUAGUUACUUUAAAAAAGGGUAUAAAAGCUUGAAGUGACUAGACAGAUUUGUUGACCAAAAAUCAGAUUAAUUAUCUCCAUGAUUUUAAAGGUCUUCUAAAACUAACUAGUGAUUUGUGUGUAUGUGUGUGUGUAUGUGUCCGCAAAUGCCUUUUGGCAUACAUAUUUAUUUCAAGCUGUUUUGUGGUAACACUUAAAAUGUAUAUUAAAAAUAAAUGCACACCUUUAAAUUCAUUAUUGCAUUUAUGGGGAUUUUAAUUGUAUUUUGUAAUUUAUUCUUCCUUAAUGGCCGAUAGUGUAGCAUAUUGUUUGGGUUAUUUGCUCAGUGAAUACAUGGUAUACUUUGAUAUUUUUCAUUAUUACUGUUCAUGAUUUUAAGGUUUUGUUUUAUAAAAAAAAAUCAAGAACAACAAAACUGAACUUGGCCUACAAAAACAUACUAUAUAACUUUGGUCAUAAGUUUCCUCUUCACCUGUUUUCACUGUUGAUUAUUUUAAACUCAGAGUUGCCUUUUUUUUUUUUUUAAAAAAAAUAAAUUUAAAAGGUAGGAGGUUUCUUGACAAUUCUCAUAUGAAAAUGCAUCCCUCUUUUAGUAUUAGACCAAAUUUGUUACUUUAUCAUGUUUGUAAAUAUUUGUCAUAUGUGUAUUUCUCACGUACCUAAUUGGUUUUGUUGUCUGAAGCUUUUGACCUGUAUAGUGUUUGUAGAUUCUGAACACAGCACACAUAUCAAGAAAAUACAUAUAUUAUGGACUUGAAAUAUUCAGAAGUAUGAAAGCUGCGUACUUGCUGAAAUGACCACUAUCCAGGCACCUGCUUUUCAGCAAUAUUUUCAAGUGUUUAGUUGUAAUGCAGAAGAAGGUUUUCUUUUAGCAAAACCAACUGUUCAUUUGUAAGUUAUGCAGAUUUAUUUGUGUUAUGAAAAUAUGAUUUGCAUUUCUAUAUUUUGUUACCUGUCCAGGCUAAUGAAGUCAACAUUGCCUGGAUGUCUAAAUAAUAAAAUACACUCCUAUUUAAGUGUAA